AUGGGGUCUCAGGCCUCCACAUUACUGCGGCACGAAGAACUCGAGGAGAUCAAGAAAGAGACUGGCUUUUCUCACAGUCAGAUUGCCCGACUCUACAAGCGGUUCACCAGCCUGGACAUAAAUGGCAUUGGGGCUCUCAGCCGGGAAGAUUUCCUGCGGAUUCCAGAAUUGGCCAUCAACCCUCUGGGAGACCGGAUCAUCAGUGCCUUCUUUUCGGAGGGAGAAGAUGAGGUGAACUUUCGUGUAUUCAUAAGAAUCUUGGCUCAUUUCCGACCCAUCAGUGAUAAGGAAAACAGCAAAGAUGCAAAAGGCCCAGAGCCACUCAACAGCCGCAGCAACAAACUGCGUUUUGCUUUUCAACUGUAUGAUCUGGAUAAAGAUGACAAGAUCUCUCGCAGUGAGCUGAUCCAGGUGUUACGCAUGAUGGUUGGAGUGAACAUCUCGGAAGAGCAACUGGGCGUCAUGGCUGACAGGACCAUCCAGGAGGCUGAUGAGGACGGGGAUGGUGCUAUAUCUUUCACAGAAUUUGUUAAGGUUUUUGAGAAGACAGGCGUAGAACAGAAGAUGAGCAUCCAAUUUCUUGACUAA